AUGGCAUCGACUACUGAAGAAUUACAGAAGUAUGUUGGACAAAGUUAUAGUACAGUGAAAGAGGAGUUAGAAAGUCAAGGAUAUGCAAUCCACGAAGUUCGUCUCGGUUCUUGUACAACAGGUGGUCGUGUACCUAUGAGACUAUGUGCCGUUGGAGAGCCAGAACCUGAACGAGAAAAACGUGCCGUUGUUUCAUAUAAUUACGAAGAUCCAGAUCAGAAGGUUACUGCCAUUCGACGAGAUGAUUAUUGA